UAGCAACCCCUUUGUGACUGUAAGCUUGAGCCCAGGCUAGACGUGAACGUCGGUGAAAUCUGUCCGUCUGCUACGCAAACUCACCUGCUGCAGCUGAGAAAACAUUGAGGGAAUCAUGCUAGGCCAGGAUGGCGGCCUCUCCCUGACUAUUGCUCAGAUCGUGCAGAGAUUGAAGGGCUCUGGACUUCACUCCCAAUUGGAAAGGCAGGCCCGGAAAUCCUGUUGCACAGCUCCAUGUGUGGAACGUGAAACUAUGGUAAUGAUAAUGAACACUGCAGCAGAAUGGACAUGCUAUUCACAAGGCACUGCCACAUGCAUGCCACAGAACAGGCUAAACAGGAGUUGUGCAGUUGACCAGCUCAGCCUACACAAUCCAGAGAUAAAACUAGAAUCUUUGAAAGAAGAUAUUAAGGAAUUUCUGAAGACAUCAGGAUGGGAAAAGAAGCUGCAAAAUGCUGUUUAUAGUGAACUCAGUGUCUUCCCUUUACUAUGCCAUCCAUCAGCACCACCUGAACACAUGAAAGAAUCUUUGGCUUACAUGAGGAAAGCCCAGGGAAACUGGGAAAAACGAAUUUUGAAGAGUCUAAAUAGCAUGUGCACAGAACUUGGCAUCCCAUUAGCACAGAAGAGACCAGUGAAUGAGCAAAAGGAGCUUCUAAAUAAAUGGAAUGAAAUGGGAACAGAUGAGCCAGAUCUUAGUCUCUUCCGACCUGUUUAUGCACCAAAAGAUUUUCUUGAGGUAUUAAUGAACCUUCGGAAUCCAAAUUAUGAAAACAGCGAGCAAUCUAGUUUUAGGAACCAUUUGGGUUUAAUCCAGGUUCCCUUGAAAGUAAAGGAUAUCCCUGAACUGAAAGAAUAUUUCAGUGAACUAGACUUGAACAUAGGUCAGCUGGAUAUUGAUGAUUCUGCACAAGUACCUCCAGAACUUUUUGAAAAUGAGCAUUUACGUAUUGGUCAAAAAGUUUUAAUAGAGCAGGAUAGUGCAGCAGCCCAACAAUAUGUGCGGCAGGGAUGUCCAACUUCAUUACGAGCAGAAUUGUGGGCACUGAUCCUGAAUAUUUCUAGUCAACCUGAGGAUAUUUUAUACUACGAACAACUGAAGUCUAAUGUGAUCCAGCAUGAUCUUUUAGUCGACAGUCUAAUUUAUAAAGAUGUGAAGCUGACAGCCAGCAAUGAUGACUACUACUUUGUGUUUGAGGAUUAUUUGUAUCAAGUGUUACUUUGCUUUUCUCGGGACACUUCAGUACUGGGACACUUUGCGUACAGUAGUGCUACUCCACCUAAGUCAUACAUUCGAGGGAAGCUUGGCAUGGAAGAGUACGCUGUUUUUUAUCCACCAAAUGGUGUAAUUCCUUUUCAUGGCUUUUCAAUGUAUGUUGCUCCACUUUGUUUUCUUUACAAUGAACCUUCACAAUUGUAUCAAAUAUUUCGUGAAAUAUAUGUCCGUUACUUCUUCAGACUUCAUUCCAUCUCUUCACAUCCUUCUGGCAUUGUAUCACUGUGUUUGCUGUUUGAGACCCUUCUCCAGACUAAUCUCCCACAGCUGUUUUAUCAUCUUCGGGAAAUUGGAGCGCAGCCGCUAAGAAUCUCAUUUAAGUGGAUGGUACGAGCAUUCUCUGGUUACUUAGCUACAGAUCAGCUUCUGCUUUUAUGGGACAGAAUUCUGGGAUACAACUCUCUAGAAAUUCUUGCUGUCUUGGCAGCUGCUGUGUUUGCUUUCCGAGCAGUCAAUCUAAUGGAGGUGACAUCACUGGCUGCAGCUGAGGCUGUACUCGCUGAUCUUUCAACUCUGAAAGUUGUGCCUCUUCUUCAGAUUUUUCUAUUUGCUACAGGCACUUGAUCUUGCUCAGAGCUACUCAUUGCAUUACUAGGCUUUCAUCAGAUGCUAAGAAUAAACUAUGCAACACUUUAAUUAAAUCAACCUCAAACGUUAAUGCUCACACUUUACAAAGGGUUAAACCACCUGGAAAUCAUCCCAAAUGCUAUUGCAUGUCAACUGCUGCAUGCUCCUGAAUUUUAGCGAAACUGAAGCUCCUGGAUGUAAUGCAAGUCAAAUACCUUGUUGUCCACUUAAAUCAUAUUACUCAGUGCAUGUACAGAAAGUAGUAAAAUAUACGUAAUAAUUUGAGAUCUGUGUUUCCUCUCUGCCAUUGUAAGGUAGGAGAACACAUUUUCAGUAGUUAUAACCCAUUAUCCUGUCAUACCAUCUGUCAUCUUCAAAAUCUUGCAGUACUUGAAUGAAGUAUUGAACAUUAAAAUAUAUAAUUUCAUUGGCCAGAGUUCUGUUAUUUAACACAUGCUGGUGCAAUUCUAUUCACCUACAUUUCAUUGGUGAAUUGUCAGUUAAGAAAUUAGCUCUUGUAUUUCUCAUCAUAUAAGAACUGUGUGACCUAGAACAGCGGACUCCAACCUUUUUGGGACCGCAGACCUUUUGGGGGGGGUGGGCUCCAUGUGGGGGGGCGGGGGCACCCCUGCUCUCAUGGGGGGCAUGUUACGCUCAUGCGACACACUCCUCCAUGAGCAUGACACACCCCUCUGAGAGCAUGAAAUGUCCACCAUGCAUGUGGGGGGGGGCGGAGAUCCGUCGCCGCGG